AUGGAAAUCUCUAAUUUCGGAUUGACUAUUUUCCUUGUAUUUCUGAUGGGAAUACAAGAAAUUCGUUCAGCUAAAAAUGAGCAAACAACUCAACAGCUGGACGAAAAAUCGAAUCCAUUAGCGAAUCUAAUACUAAACGAAAAUGAAAUUGGAGAUGCCAACCGCAACGGAGACAACACAAAGGACACUUUAUCGAGAGUGAAACGACAAUUCUAUUAUGAUCCAUACUACCCAUACUAUCGGAGACGAGUGCCCAUUGCAGUUCCUGUGCCAAUUGUUGUCGGUGGCUUUGGCGGCGGCUUUAUAGGCAGAGGGUAUGGUGGUCGAGGAUUCGGUUUCGGGGGCAGAGGCUUCGGCGGUCGAGGAUUUGGCGGACGUGGCUUUGGCGGACGUGGCUUUGGUGGCGGACGUGGUUUCGGUGGUUUUGGUGGCCGUGGCGGAUUCGGAGGAUUUGGUGGUCGUGGGGGCAGAGGAUAAACAUAAGCGUUACCUACUUUUUAUUACCUACCUGUG